GGCCACUCUCCACUUCGAACUCCUCAAGCUCCUCAUUUCUAACCCCCUCUCAUACCGAGUUCUCUUGAAGGAAAUCUUGUCGACAUUAUUGCCAUGUCACGCCUUCCGACACUUCUUAGACUCAUCUGUACGUAAGGACAUCAGGACUGCCCCUCGAGGCUUCUCCAUCGUCGUCCAAUCAACAUCCAGGGUUUCCCCUCAACCCCCGGGAGAAGCGGUCAAAAUGCCAGCCGAUCCUCUCUCCGACGCGGCCAUGGCCAAUUUGAAGCAGUACAAGUAUCAGAGCGUAGAUAAAUCAUACGUUUCGAACUACAUCCUACGACACUAUUGGAAUGGAGCUGUCAAGCUGUUGCCGAUGUGGCUUGCUCCCAACAUGGUCACCUUACUCGGCUUUUUCUGCAUCUUGGUCAACCUCCUGUUGCUCCAGAUAUAUAUGCCUGAUCUCGUAGGGCCUGGCCCGUCAUGGUUGUACUACAGUUUCGCCUUGGGUCUAUGGCUGUAUUCCACCAUGGACAAUAUUGAUGGCAAGCAAGCCCGCAGGACUGGCACCUCAAGCGGACUAGGCGAGCUUUUCGACCAUGGCAUCGAUUCUUUGAAUUGUACACUAGCGAGCAUGUGCGAGACUGCUGCUAUGGGACUUGGUCCUAGCAAGACGGGAGCUUUCACCGCCAUCAUCCCAACCCUACCUAUGUUCUUCUCCACCUGGGAGACCUAUCACACGCACACUCUGUAUCUGGGGGCAUUCAACGGACCAACCGAAGGCCUUAUGCUCGCCUGUACCGCCAUGAUAAUCUCUGGUUACUAUGGGCCUCAAGUCUGGGAGUACAAAGUGGCCAAGGUGGUAGGCUAUGAGGAGUGGCUCGACGACAUCAGGUUUCGAGAUCUCUGGGUGCCUAUCAUUUUGAUCGCCUUCUUCACUGCCCAUCUCCCGGCAUGUGUGUACCACGUGGCCAAGGUCCGACGACAAAACAACCUCCCUCUAGCGCCCGUGUUCCUCGAAUGGAUUCCCAUGAUCAUCUUCACAGGGUCGUGCGUGGCGUGGAUUGGCUCACCCUAUUCCUCCAUCCUCCCUGAGAAUCACCUCCUCAUCUUUUGCAUCACCACAUCAUUUGUCUUUGGGCGUCUCACCACCAAGAUCAUUCUGCAUCAUUUGACCAAGCAGCCAUUCCCGUACUGGACAAUCUCAAUGCUUCCGUUGGUGGGUGGGGCUAUCCUGGCUUGGCUGCCCCUUUUUGGGUUGCAACCCAUGUCGCCGGCAUUCGAAAGAGCGUAUAUCUAUGCGUACCUCCUGUUUGCGUGUGGGCAAUACUUCACUUGGGCAAUUAGGGUGAUCAAUCGAAUCUGCGAUGUUCUGGACAUCAACUGCCUCACCAUCAAACAAAAGAAGAGCGAUGCGACAGAAGCGUCGACCUGGCCUGGAGAAAAGAGCGCUUCGGCCAACGGUCACAUUAGAGAGACAAAGAAGAAGCUAUGAAACACACUAGGCGAGCUUGGGAGGAAUUGCACAGCGACCGGAUGCAGAAAAGAGAGCCUGGUCAACAUUACAUUGAUGACGGCUGCUCGACGUAGCGGUGUUAUGAGCAUUGGUCUUGGAUAGACAAAAAGCGACGAUGGAGUUUAUCUUUUUUGCUCAAAAGGAGCCUUAUCACGACGCCUCGCUUUCAACAGCAAUGGCAGCCUAUAUACAAACAUGUUCACAAUGGGGACGAGUCAACAGCUGAAGUUCAUCAUUCCGGCUGUUGAUCUUUGAACUUGUCUUUUAGAGUUUGGACGUCAAAGCCGCAUGCUUCUGCUCUGAGGACAAUGGCCCGCGCCUUGCCCUCGAC